UUUUGGAAAUGGGAUUUGCCGAGGCAUUCUACCUCUAUGGAAAUUUUCAAGCUGGAUUUGGUUUAGUGGUAGUUAUUUGGACUAUUGGAUUAACAAAAGGUGAAUCUUUGGUGUAUAUUCCAGUAAUUCAGGGACUGAUGAAUACGACAUUUCUCUCGCCUGUUCCGAGUCAGAAUGAUACAUUCUGUUUAAUAACAACACCAGUGAUGUCCGAGAACAGGAACUCUAUUGUUUCGAAUUCUUCAGUGUUAUCAAGUGAACUUGUCCAGCAUAACUUAUUAACAACUUUAAAUGGGUCAUCAGGAGGAGGUGUUUGGAAAGACAAUUUCGAACAGUUGUAUCUUGUUCAGAAGAUGGGCGACAUUACACCUUUGUAUGGAAUUGCAGGUGGUGUGUAUAGUUACCUUGUUCCAACCAAAGUCUUCAACGAAACCAGAAUAUGCCUAUACUCAGGAAUUAGUUCUGUGACUUUUGAAAUGUAUGUAAUAAAUUCUACACUUGACCCUGCGGGAUUUAUAUUCAAUGAAAAAAAGGAGCUACAAUCAUUCAGCACACAAUGUUUUGUUCACAACAGUACAGAAUCCGAUGUUAUUUUAGUAAACAGCUCAAAAGCUUUUGGUGUACUGAUAGUGGAAUCGAAAACUCUACCAAGGUGUUGCCUCGACAGAGCGUUAGAGGCAAUCCCAAAUACAUCAUUGACAGGGACAGAGUUUGUCUUGGUCACUGAAGAUCCCUCGGAAAUUAUAAUUAUGGGGAUAGAAAGUUCGGAUAUCAAUGUCAAAACAACGGAAGAAGAAUUUAAUUUCACCGUUUUAUCUCACACCGUAAAGAAAUUAAAUGUGAGUGGAAACCUCUCUUUGCAAUUAACAUCGUCAAAACCUUUACAAGUUAUGUGCCUCACAUACAUGCAUAACAAUGAGAAUUCAUCUUUUCUGAAUCUCUUCACGUUGUUCCCUGUGGUACCUACUUUUUGCAAUUGGCUGGAAAUUUCUUCCAGCUGUUUUGACAAACCUUGUUUGAUUGUUCUGGCAAAGAAAGCUAGCAUUUAUCCCUCAAUAUUGAUUAACGGUUCGUUUGUAGUAGCUAAAAACUACUCAUUUGGUAAUUACAAUGUCCAGGAGAUAACAAAUCUAAAGAAAGGACAGUAUUUUUUACAAAUCCCAGACAGUUCAGGGUUGGCAGUUUUUGUAAUAAAGAGAGAUCUAGGGAGAUUAUAUCAAGUACAGCCCCUGGACAAGGACAAGUGCUCUGCCAUUCAUAGUUCUUUAUCGAUACAUUCAUCUACAGCAAUCCAUCUAGAGAACGAAAAUGAAAAUACGACAGACAGUACUGUAACUACUGAUUCUCAAAUUAAUACAACAUUAAUACAUUUUACUUCCAACCAUUCAGUAACUUCCAGUAGCUCUUCUGAUGAAAAUUCUACAUCAUCGAUAAAAACCUUGAUACUGAAUACAACUACCGAAAAAAGUGCCUUUGUAAAUGUUACUUCAACUUUAGUAAAUGCAACGAACAUCACAUUUUUGACUACUGAUUCCUCCAAAUAUGGAAGACGUAAAACAGAAAUAGAGAUUGGUGGGUUAGCUUUUCAGUCUCAAACAAAUCAAAAUGUGUCUAAAGAAGUAGCCCCAAACUAUAACAUAUAUCUUCAAGAUGUGGAAGAGGACGACAAUAGCCAAGAAUACAUGUUAGCAGUGAUUCUAUCCCUUUGUGUCGCCAUCUUUGCUGUCAUUGCAGUGAUAUCGUCUUUCUUGCUAAUGGAGUUUAUAUCGAGACAAAAACAAAUAAGAAACACUAAAAUUCGACCAUUCGUAUCGUAACUGAAAUGGCAAGAGGAUAAUUACGUUGUGCAUGCGAUGACGUAGAUAUGUUAACUCUACAAGAAUAACUGUGAUAUACGUUCAAAGAGAAUGGUUGGCGUUUCGAUUUUAACCAGUUAUCUGCCAAAGAUUUUCUUCAUGCUUAAAAGAAAUCAAUUUCUCUUUUGAACUCUCUCUUUACUUACUCAUCAGAGAACAUGUCGUACUUGUCCUUUAUCAUGUUUAUAAUUAGUGUUGCUGUUGUAUUUGUUAAGCUGAAAGCUUUCGAUCGAUAGGGCUAAUUUUAAUCCUUUUAUGUACUUUGUACGUAUCUAUAUAUAUAGAAA